AUGAAAAAUCAUACCAGAUAUUUAGAUGACAAUGGCCAAGCAAUUACUCCAGUGCCUGAUAUAAAGAAGGAACGAGGAAACAAACAGCCCCAAAAAAGCGGUGGCGGCGGUGGUGGUGGCGGUGGCCGUGGCGGUGGCGGUGGCCAUAACGUACAUAUAACUACCACUGUCCAUCAGGCUUCGACUCCGGAGAGGGAGCCUGUCAAACGGCUGCCACGCACAAGGAAGACAACAGGCACGCAAUUUACGCAAUUUCGGAAUGAAGAGGUAGUGAGGAAAAGUAACGAAGCGGUGCUCUGUGAGAACAUCGGAAUGAUGUUUAUUUUAAACUGCUCGCGUGGAAUAAUUGGAGGGCAAGUCUGGUGCCAGCAACCGCGGUAA